CUGCUCCCACAUGCCCCAUUCCUUCUCAUUGCGAGGCCCAGCUAUUUUGCACGUUAUUUAGAAGCUUUAUUGAUUUAACCACUCUCUUUUUCGAUACCCCUUGUAAUUGACCUGUUCUUCGCGGAGUUCCCCUCUGCAUCCCUUGCGAUCAUGCUCGGCGCACUGCGAAGAUGUCCGGUGUCUCUUUCGAGGAAUUUAUCGUCGGCCGUGAUCUCAUCUAGGGUCACUCUCGGAACAGUAUCCCAGGCGUCGCCCGCAAUAUGGAGAAUAGUUCCUCGAACGCCGGGCGUCGCUAUUGCCGCAUUCCACGAGAGCGCAAAGUGGCGACAGGUCGCAGCCGCACAGGUUCACGUCGAUGCACCUGCCAGCUCAUAUGAGCCUAUUACACAGUUCAAAGAGCUUGCGACACGCGGACUGGUGCAUCCAAAUGUGAUCAACAUCAUCACGAGAUCGAUGGGAAUAGAUACAAUGACAGACGUGCAAUCGAGGACAAUCAACGAGGCAUUGGCUGGCACUGACGUAAUUGCUCAAGCCAAGACUGGUACUGGCAAAACGCUCGGUUUCUUGGUCCCGGUCAUCCAAAAGAUCAUAGCAGAAGAUCCGAAGUUAGGGGAGCGGCCUCGCGGCUACAAAAAGGGCAGGGCAGACGAUAUCAGGGCCAUCGUCAUGUCGCCGACCAGAGAGCUCGCGGAGCAGAUUGCGGUUGAGGCUCGGAAGAUCACAUCAGGCACAGGCGUGGUGGUGCAGGUUGCAGUAGGUGGCACACAAAAGAGAAUGAUGCUUCAGAAGACACAAAGGGAAGGCUGUCAUCUCCUUAUUGCCACCCCUGGCCGAUUGUUCGAUAUCCUCUCCGAUGAGUACUCGGGUGUUAAAGCCCCGAGGCUCAACAGUCUGGUCUUAGACGAGGCCGACCGCCUGUUAGACGACGGUUUCUCCAAGGACAUUGAGGAAAUCAAACAGUAUCUCCCGGACCCAAAAGUCGUGGACCGCCAGACUCUGAUGUUUUCUGCAACUGUUCCUCGCGAAGUCGUCAGCCUUGUCCGGAGUACGUUGAAGCCGGGCUUCCACUUCGUCCAGUGCGUCAAUGAGGACGAAGCACCAACACACGAAAGAAUCCCGCAAAAGGUUGUCCAUCUCCCCGGAUUCGAAAACAUCAUGCCUGCCCUCUACGAACUCGUCUCGCGCGAAGUAGGACAUGCCAAAUCUCGCGGCGACCGUCCAUUCAAAGCUAUUGUCUACUUCAACUCUACCGCCGAAGUUACCCUCGCCUCCUCGGUAUUUUUCAAGCUUUCUGGAGGCUUCAAACGCGAUAAGCCACUCCAUGGCUGCCGUGCCUACGAAAUCCACGCCAAGCUCACACAAGGUCAGCGUACCAAGGCGUCGGAGAGUUUCCGCUUUUCUGAUUCUGGUAUUCUAUUUUCUUCUGAUGUUACUGCUCGUGGCAUGGACUUCCCGAACGUAACCCACGUUAUUCAGGUUGGUCUCCCAAGGGACCGCGACAUUUACAUCCAUCGUCUUGGUCGUACAGGUCGUGCGGGUAAAGAAGGAGAAGGCUGGCUUUUCCUCUCGCCGCUUGAAAAACAUGAAGUUCGGAGACGCCUUCACAAACUCCCGCUUGUGCACGAUAACACAUUAGAAGCCGCAGCUGUAGAUAUGGCAGUCGAAGAGCAGGAGAUUUCGGAGGACGUAGCAAAGAUAAUUGAGGAGGUAGCGGAGGUUCAUAAGCGAGUCUACCCAGAGCAUCUGGAUAACGCUUUCCGUGGCUUGUUUGGUAGCUUCCAAUGGUACAGUGAUAAACAAGGCCUGUUGGAAGCAGCCAACCGUCUCGCGCAGCAUGGAUGGGGAAUGGAACAGCCGCCAAACCCUCCAUCAAGCAUGUUUGGUGGUGGUCGCCGAUCCGGAGGCUUUGGAGGAGGAAGGGGAGGUGGAUUCGGCAGUGAUAGGAGGGGUGGUGGCGACAGAAUGGGAGGGGAGAGGAGGUCAGGAGGUGGAUUUGGUAGAGAUAGAAUGGGAGGAGAAAGGCGGUCAGGAGGUGGAUUCGGUGGUGAUAGGAGAGGAGGCGAUAGGGCGGGUCGGGAUAGAAGAGUAAGUGGGUUCGGUGGUGACAGGAGAGGAGGCGAUAGGACAGGUGGGGAGAGAAGGUCCGGUGGGUUUGGAGGCAGUGGUCGAGGUGACAGGGAGAGGAGAGACAGGAAAUUGUCGAAUCUCUUUUAGGAGAGUCUCCUCCGCCCUUUUUUCCUCCAGAAACGUCACACACUAAUCCUGAGAAAUAGCUCAGCCAACGACCGACCGAGUCUGAUAUGACCUUGUACUAUAGAUUACCAUUCCUCCCAGCCUCCUCUUUACGUGUAUAUUUUCUCCUGAUUGUAUAAUAUACGAAAUAUGAAGAGUCUGGAUGAGAGGCUGCAUCGGAUUAGGUCUGGAUUGGACUGGACGGGACUGGAAUUUUUUUAAGACAUUUUGUGGGGUUUCAUGUUUGUUUGUUGUUUUUGUUUGUUGUCAAUCCAUCUCCAAUCUUGGUUCUAGGGGAGAGGUGUUUAGUAGGAUAGGUUGGAAUGGGUUAGAAGGGAAGGAAAAAUUGGUAUGAUGUGU